UCAGAAAUUGAAUCCUUCUGAUGGUAUUCUCGGAUUCCUUGAUCAGGAAAAGCCUGGAAUUCAUACACGGCUUUAACCACUCUUGGACCUAUUGGUCUUCCCGGAUUAUCAGUUGUAAUUCCCAGGAGUGAACCUCAGCUAACGGUGCCUACUUCAAAUCCCGUUUUUGGGAUACCUCUCACCUCUUCAGUAGCUCCAGCUGCUGGAACAUCAUCCACAUCAAGGUGGGGUUUUUUUAUCCUCUGGAGGCAACAGUUGGAGCAGGUUUUCUGACACUGGGCGCGUUGUGAAGCCCCGGGUUUAUUCCCCCUCUCCGAACGCAAAAGCAAAUCUGGAAAUUGAUCCUUCAGGAAGCAGGAUGGCGAAGAAACGGCCGGAUCUGUAACUGAAACCCGCUGGUGGGUUUCUGGUAGCUCAGCAAUAAUCACUGGCGUCUUGGCUGAACCGGGAGCUGCUCUCAUGGGGAAUGCAAUUCUUUGGCAGCGCUUCACCGGCGUUUGCCAGGGUUUUCCGGCAGCCUUUCUAACGGGCUGCGGUGGGAAAUUCUAUGGGCUUGGAAUUUCUCAUGAAACGCUUUGUUUAAAAUAAUCCUGAGUGGUUUCGCUCAGAGCAUCUCCGCUUCUUCAGGAGAUGGGACUGGGAGGUCCUGCCGGUUCAGCUGGGGCAGUGGGUCUGGCCCGGUGGGCUUUUCUGCCGUCCUCCUGGGGCGGCUCUUUCCAUUAUCCUUUAUCUGUCUCCAUCAAAGCUUGUGCUGUCCUUUCACCCUUGAUAGUGGCCUUUGCCUGGUUUCUGCAUUACUGACACAAAAAUCUCACCGUAAAAAACCUGGUAAGAGCCCCGGCUCCGUCUUCCAAUCGCUUUCUAAAAUAAAGGAACCUCCGCUGCUACGUCCGAAGCCCGUUGGUACCUUCAUCCCUCCUGGGUACAACCUCGGGUCCCGGCGUUCGGCACACGGCAUUAAAGGAUUGCUAAAUCCUUUAACGCUCUACAGAGCCCUUCACAUCUUUGAGCCAUUUUUUUUCCCCCUGAUGUGCCGUCACCAUUUCCCAAACAUCCCCCAUUCCUCUGCCUCCUCUUCUCCGGCGCCCGUCCCCUCCUUACCGCAAACCACAGCUCCCGCUUGGCCCAUAUUAAAUUUUCCCCUUUUCUCCUGAAUCCAGGCCAAAAUUAGGAGCACCCUCCGUUAAUCUCUCCCAGACGAGCCCAGGGAGGUUUCCCUGCAUUUGGACAACGCGUUCCCGUGACUCAUCACCGGAGCCGCCUCCGAGGGCUGGUGGGAUGCGAUAUCACAUCCCGCUGGUAUCUUAGCAAUUCUGCACGGGAAAAUAAUUCCAGCCGGCUCUGCUCCUGGAGAGCUGCGGGGUCCUACUUGUCCCCUAAAGACACGGGAGACUGGAAAUGGGGAGGAGAAAAGUGACAGCCGGAAUAAGGAGACCCAAAGAGGGAGGAGGAGGUGGCUCCGUGACUUUUCCUACCAGGAUAAAGCUGGUGACACCCCGUGAUGGCAGGGGAAGAGCGUCCGUUAGCUGCUCUCCUACGAGCACUGCAGGGCCUCGCACCCAAGGACUUCCAGGAGUUUAAGAAGAAGUUAUCGAAGGUUCACGUGGAAGGAGAAUGGAAUAUCCCCAAGGAUUCGCUGGCCAAGGCCGCCCACCCCUGCGCGCUUGUCAGCUGCAUGGGCAAGAACUACAGCGAAGGCGCCGCACUGGACGUAGCCAUUGGGCUGCUUGAGGAGAUGAACCAGAGGGACCUCACGGAGAAACUCCUGGAGGAGAAGGUGAAAGAGUACAGGCGGAAAUACAGGGAGCACGUGGUCCGGGAAUUCUUCCGGUAUAAAGAAGUGAACUCCUGUCUCGGGGAGAACCUGUCCGUCAGCAGCCGCUACGCCGACCUGACCAUCGUCAGGAAGCCUUGGAGCAAGCACGGAGGUGAGCACGAAGCUGUGGGCGCCAACCACGGACGUGCCGACGCCAGCAACGGACCAGCCACCAUCACCGUCACCGCGCAGACGCUGUUUAAACCUGAUGAAGAUGGGCAAACGCCGCAGGUCGUGGUGCUGGUGGGGGCCCCGGGGAUGGGGAAGACGAUGACGGUCAGGAAGGUGAUGGUGGAGUGGGUGGAAGGGACCUUCUACACGCAGUUUGACUACGUCUUCUGCAUAGACUGUAAAGACAUCGCCUUUACCAAGGAAGCGAGCGUGGUAGACCUCAUUUCAAAGUGCUGCCCUCACAAGCGAAUGCCAGUGGGGAAGAUCCUGGAUGACCAGAAGAAGAUUCUGUUCAUUUUUGAUGGCUUUGAGGCCCUGGGAUUUUCCUUGGUUCAGCCCGAAGAUGAGCUGAGCUCUGACCCCAGGGAAGUCAAGCCGCUGCAAACCACCCUGAUGAGCUUGUUGAAGAAGACUGUUCUCCCCGAGUCCUCCUUGCUCAUCACCUCAAGGCCAACGGCUCUUCAAAGCCUGGGGCAGUGCCUGGAGGGUGAGUAUUAUGCAGAAAUACUGGGAUUUUCGGCAGCCAUGAGGGAGGAGUAUUUCCACAGGUAUUUUGAGAAUGACAAUAAAGCCACUGCGGCCUUCAGGUUUGCGAGAGGCAACAAGGUCCUCUACAGUUUGUGCGUCAUCCCCGUCAUGAGCUGGACUGUCUGCACCAUCCUUGAACAGGAGCUUUACAAGAAGAAAAACCUCACCGAGUGCUCUAAAGCCACCACGCGGAUGAGCGUGUUUUACCUCUCCCGGUUGAUGAAGUGCAGAGACAGGGACGACCCGCAGGACCUCCAGCAGUUCCUGCGCAAGCUCUGCUCCUUGGCUGCCGAGGGCGUCUGGAAGCACAAGGUCCUCUUUGAGGAGAAGGAAAUCAAGGACCGUGGCUUGGACCAGCCAGACCUUCUCCCCCUCUUCCUCAACGAGAAGAUCUCAAAGAAAGGUGUAGGCCAUGGGAACGUCUACAGCUUCACCCACCUGCACCUCCAGGAGUUUUUUGCGGCGAUGUUUUAUGUUCUUGAGGACGAUGAGGAGACGGUCGGCGACUCGAGGGCUCUUGCGAAGGAUGUAAAUAUGUUGUUAGAAAGCUAUAGCGAGUCCAGGAAGGAUUUGAACUUAACAGUGCGGUUCCUGUUUGGUCUCCUAAGCCAAAAAUCCAUAGAGUAUGCGGAUGAAACCAUCGGGUGCAGAAUUUCACCACGAGCCAGGGAAGAUAUGCUGAGGUGGCUUCAGGGGAGGCACAGAGGCAUCUCCCAGCCUGGCCAAGCGCUGAAGGUUACAGACUUGGACACUUUCCACUUUUUAUUUGAGAUGAAUGACAAAAGCUUCGUACAAAGUGCAUUGAGUCAUUUCACCGACGUAGACUUGCAGGACAUCAAGUUGACCCUCUACGACCAAAUGGCUUUUUCCUUCUGCGUCAGGCAGUGGGCUGGGCUGGGCUGCGUCACCCUCCGGGGAUGCUCCUUCCACCAGCAGGAGCCCAGGGAGGAGAUGGCUGUGUCGGGGCCUUGCUCCGGUGCCUCGGGAGCCGGAGGAGGUCCCCGUCCCCUCGCUGAGCGGUGGCAGGAGGAGCCGCAGGCCCCCAUCCACCCGCUCUGCCAGGCGCUGCGGCACCUGGGCAGCGGCCUGCGGGCACUCCGGCUGCAGUGGUGCGGGCUGUCGGAGAGCUGCUGCGCUGAGCUGGCCGCGCUGCUGGCCCAACACCCCAGCCUGGCCCGGCUGGAGCUGGGCGACGGCGCGCUGGGCGACGGCGGUGUGCGCCUGCUCUGCGAGGGGCUGCAGCAGCCCGGCUGCCGCCUCCGCGUCCUGCGGCUGUGGUACUCCCGCCUCACCAGCGCCUGCUGCGAGGACCUCGCCGCCGUGCUGGGCACCAGUCCCUGCCUGGAGGAGCUGGAUUUGUCCUUCAGCGAGGGGCUGCGCGAUGCCGGCGUGCAUUUGCUGUGCGAGGGGCUUCAGCGCCGCAACUGCCAGCUGCGGACGCUGCGGCUGGGGAGCUGCCGGCUGACGGCCACCUGCUGCCGAGCCCUGGCCACUCGGCUGGUGGAGUGUCCCCGUCUCACCUGCCUGGACCUGAGCGACAACGAGCUGGGAGCCGAGGGCGUCCUGCAGCUCUGCCAGCAGCUCCGGCAUCCCGCCUGCCCGCUGCAGACCCUGGGCCUGAGCACGGCCGGGUUGCCGGAGGAAGCGUGGCAGGAGCUGGCUGCCCUGCGGGCACUGAAGCCCCACCUGAAGAUCGGGUCCCUCCUGGAGCAGGAGGUGCCGCAGAAGGGGGCCAUGGCCCGGCUGCCCUUCCACCGCGGGGUCCUGCCGGGCGCAGGGGGGCCGGGGGGCAGGAAGGGGCUCCCCUCUUUCAGGAGAGCUCCUCGCAACAGCCCCAGCCAGUUCUAGCCUGAAUUUCGGUGCUGCUGAAAGCGGGGGGAAGCCUCCCAGCGUGUGAGCCUGCCCCACACAUGGGGGUCAGGGGAAGGGGUCCCGCUUGCGCCAGCCGAGGGUCGGGGCAGGGCUGCUCCGGGUCCUUCCCUUUCCCGUUUUCCCCACGGUGGGAAUGGUUGUGGGUGUUGGCGAUGCCAAAUAAAGGCCCUGGGGCCAGUCCAUGGCUCUUCCCCGUCCUCCCCCUGUCCCG